CGUCAUCAAAAUGGUGGAAAGUUCUUCUUGAUUUUUUCAGAAACUUUCAAUCAUUCAACAUUUACUCAAAUAUUUGAGCUCAAAUUAAUACAUCAUGGAUCGGUCUAGUACACUAAGUUCUCAGAAUCAAUUUGUUGAUUCAACAAGUCAAGAUUCUUUAUCAAUGAUGGAUAAAUCAGGGAGUUUAGAAACGGCUUCGAAGGGAUCUGCUUCGCCCUCAAAAUCCCUGUGUUCGUCCGCUUCAACAUCAACUGAAAAUGUAAACAGUCUAGAAAUGAAGGCGACUAAAGAAAGCACGAAAUUUAUCACAGAUGGACCACAAUUGAAACCUGGAGAAGAGGUACAAGGAAAAGCUAAAGAUGUCACCUACCUAUGUCCCUAUAAUAAUGGGGCCAUAAGGGGCACAAUCACUGUGACUAAUUACAGAAUGUUUUUUAAGUCAAGUGACAAAGAUCCACCAUUCAUUUUGGACGUACCUCUGGGUGUGAUCAGUAGGAUAGAGAAAAUGGGUAAAGCAAGAAGUUCUGGAGAAAAUUCCUAUGGCAUUGAUAUAGUAUGCAAGGAUUUACGCAAUUUGAGGUUUGCCCAUAAACAAGAAAAUCACUCACGACGUGAAGUAUUUGAAAAACUGACACAGUUCGCCUUUCCUAUAACCAAUAAACUGCGUCUAUUUGCAUUUGAGUACAAAGAGUCAUUUGACAAUAAUGGCUGGCAGGUAUAUGACCCCAUAAAGGAACUCAGCAGACAGGGGGUAAAAAAUAUGCCAAACGAGAGCUGGAGAAUAACUGAUAUAAACGAGAAUUAUGAGUUUUGUGAUUCAUACCCUAAACAGUUUGCUGUUCCCUCUGCAAUGUCAGAUGAUGACCUAAAGAGAGUAGGUGCCUUCAGAAGCAGGGCUAGAAUUCCAAUAUUAUCGUGGAUUCAUCCAGAGAGCCAGGCCUCAAUAACCAGAUCUAGUCAGCCAUUGGUCGGAAUCACACGUAAGACAUGUUCCGAGGAUGAAAAGUACAUUCAAUACAUUAUGGACGCCAAUGCUCAGUCGCAUAAACUCUACAUCAUGGAUGCUAGGCCUAAUGUCAAUGCUGUGGCAAACAUGGCCAAAGGAGGAGGCUAUGAGGAUAGUCAAUACCAGAACAUGGAGCUAGUCUUCUUAGAUAUACACAAUAUCCACGUCAUGAGAGAGAGUUUACGUAAGCUGAAGGAAAUCUGCUUCCCAACCAUUGAUGACACUCAUUGGUUGUCACAUAUUGAAUCUACACAUUGGCUGGAGCACAUAAAGCAAAUUCUUGCUGGGGCUGUGAAGAUCGCAGAUAAAGUGGAGAGCAAUAAGACAUCUGUACUUGUUCAUUGUAGUGAUGGAUGGGACAGAACUGCACAGCUGACGGGUCUUGCCAUGUUGAUGUUAGACCCUUAUUACAGAACCAUUGAAGGUCUUGAGGUGCUCAUAGAAAAGGAAUGGACCAGUUAUGGCCACAAGUUUGCUCAGAGGAUAGGCCAUGGAGAAGACAAACAUUCAGACGCAGACAGAUCUCCUGUAUUCCUACAGUUUAUAGACUGUGUGUGGCAGAUGACCAAACAGUUUCCGACUGCCUUUGAAUUCAACGAACAACUCCUGAUCACCAUAUUGGACCAUUUGUACAGCUGCCUCUUUGGGACUUUCCUCUGCAAUACAGAGCAACAGAGAGUUAAAGAGGAUAUAAAACAUAAGACAGUGUCUUUAUGGUCCUAUGUUAACAACCAGCUGGAUGAGUUCAAGAAUCCCCUAUAUGCGGACUACAUACAUCACCACGUGCUAUACCCUGUUGCGAGUCUUAGGAGGAUAGAACUAUGGACUGGAUACUAUCUGAGGUGGAACCCUAGAAUGAAACCACAGGAACCAGUGCAAUUACGUAACAGAGAACUAACAAUGCUUAAGGAACAACUUCAGAGACGUGUUGAUGAGCUACAGCGAGAACUGGAUGCUAAAAAUCUAAGAGGCUCCGAACAUGCACCAAGACUUAGCUCCCCAGUGAAUGGUUGAAACAAUACAAAUGUGGAGCAAAACCUAUAUCUGAACAUCUC